UCUCCCCUCUGUCCCUAUCCCCUGAGGGGAGAGUGGAUUUCAGCUUCCUGGCUGUAAUAGUUGGGAACUCCCAAAGCUCUUCUACAUCUCCUGGGAGAUGCCUGAGCAUCUGGACUAUUCCCUCUUGCUGGUCUGUGAAAGCAUCAUUACAAGACCAAAACCUUGAAGCCAGCUUUCCUUCACACUGAGAAUGUCACAGUGCAGGGCCAGCCAGACAGCGGCUACAUUGGAGUGUGAAAAAGACCUGCUCAGAGAGAAGUCUUUCAGAGCUAAGUAACUUCAACUGCAAUUGGAACUGCAGGAAAACUCAUUCAGGUUUGAUGAUACCCUGAGCUGCACCUUAUUGACAUCUCAGCAUGCUGGCCUUAAAUACCACUUCGACUUGGCCCACGUUUUCUUUCAUCGGUAUUCCUGGUUUGGAGGCUGCUCAUAUGUGGAUCUCCAUCCCCUUCUGUCUGCUGUACCUGGUGGCUCUAGCUGGUAAUAUUCUUCUCCUCAUGCUAGUUCGAACAGAACAGAAUCUUCAUGAGCCCCAGUUUUAUUUUCUGGCCAUUUUAGCUCUUACUGAUCUAGGCCUCUCCUUGUCUACAAUGCCUAGUGUCUUAGCUAUAUUCUGGUUUGAUGUCCACCAAGUUGGCCUGAAUGCCUGCCUGGCUCAAAUGUUCUUUAUUCACACUCUGUCCUCAGUGGAAUCAGGUAUCCUGGUGGCCAUGGCUUUUGACCGUUUAGUAGCCAUCUGUGCUCCACUCAGCUAUACCAGGAUCCUAACCCAUUGCACUGUUGCCUGCCUGAGUGGAGCCGCCCUCCUUCGAGGUGCCACUCUCCUGGCUCCUCUACCGUUUUUCCUCAGGACAUUUCCAUUCUGUGGGACCAAUGUCCUCUCUCAUUCUUACUGCUACUACCCUGAUAUGUUGAACCUGGCCUGUGGGGACGUCACGUUCAGUAGCAUCUAUGGAUUGAUCUGUGUGCUUUGCACAUUUGCAUUGGAUGCUCUCUUCAUUCUAGCUUCCUACAUGAAGAUCUUGGGCACUGUUAUGAAACUAGGAAUCCAAGACGGAAACUGGAAGUCACUGCACACCUGCGCCUGUCACCUGUGCACAGUGCUCGUGUUUUACCUGCCCCUCAUCAGUCUUGCUGUGCUGCAUCGUUACACCCAGGAGACUUCUCCAAUUCUGUAUACAAGCAUGAGCAAUGCAUACCUCCUCAUGACACCACUGUUAAACCCCCUGGUCUACAGCCUCAAGUCCCGGCAGAUCCAGACUGCUCUGCGCAAGCGAUUUGGGGUGCAACGGGUUGUUGCUGGGGAGUGAGAUUUUCUCUGAAUCUUAGGUUCCAAUCCACUCAAGAAGGACAUGGGAUUUCUGUGAUUUACCAAGUUACUGUACUAGAAAUGGUAUAUUCAAAGGGAAAAUAUGCUCAGGUUUUAUGCUCAAGAAAUAAGCAAUCUAAGAAGAGGAAGGCAGAGUGCUAUGAGCACUUAUGUGAAGUCAUCCCCUGAUCAUAAAUGUUGGUUGGUUGAAGUGAAGAAAUAGAGAACUCAAGCUCUAAGUUUCUGACAUACAAGUUGGGUAAAGAUGGAUUUCCCACACAGUUAAGCUGAGGGGUCUAACUCUUAUUUAUAAGUGAAUAAGGACUGAUUUUAGAGAGAAUCCAAAAAAUUGCAAAGGUUCUUGAUUUCCAAAGUUAUCUAAUGAACGGUAUUAAAAUUUUUGAAACCGAAGGUGAGUUUUGUGGAAGUGUGUCAGGCUUCCAUUUGAGAUGAAUGCUUCUGACAUAAAAUCCCAGCUGAAAAACAUAGUUGCAAUCUUCAGAAAUAAUAUGUACCACUAUUGAAAACAGAGCAUUAGCCAACUGUGUAUCAAGUACAAUUAGUGGUAUUGAAUUCGACUUAAAUUGCUGUAAGAAUGCUGAAGAAAAUGAUGGAAUGAUGUCUGGGUUGGCUAUGAGCUUCCUGGAAGACUGAGAAAUUCUUGAAUAAAAAGAGCAGAAUCUUA